AUGGGUGGACAAGUCUCCAAGAUGCUGGGGAAGAUUUUCGGCACGAAGGAAAUGCGGAUUCUGAUGCUUGGUUUGGAUGCUGCUGGAAAAACCACUAUCCUCUACAAAUUGAAGCUCACAAACCAGGACGUCACCACAAUUCCCACUGUUGGUUUCAAUGUUGAGAGCGUCACUUACAAGAACGUCAAGUUCAACGUGUGGGAUGUCGGCGGCCAGGACAAGAUUCGUCCUCUGUGGAGACAUUACUAUUCUGGUACCCAAGGUCUGAUUUUCGUCGUCGACUCGAGUGACACGGCCCGUUUGGAAGAAGCUCGCUCCGAGCUUCACAAGAUUAUCAAUGAUCGUGAAAUGAAGGAUGCCCUCCUGCUUGUGUUUGCGAACAAGCAGGAUGUUCAAGGCCACUUGAGCCCAGAGGAGAUUACCAAUGCCCUGCAGCUCAACAAGCUGAAGGAUAAGCUGUGGUACGUCGCGCCUAGCGUUGCUACCGAGGGAACUGGUAUCUUUGAAGGACUGGCCUGGCUUUCGAACAACGUCAAAACGCAGCCUCAAAAGUGA